AUGGCGGCGUGUGCUGCCCAGUUCACUGCCCUCUCCAACUGGGCCGCAACUCUCCUGCUUGCACCCCCGGCCUCACAGCGGGAACGUCACGCCACCAAGCUGCUCAAAGUCAUGGAUCACCUUCAUUCCCUGAAAAACUUUAACAGUUUCCUUGCCAUACUGUGCGCAUUUCUCCUCAUCCCCGAAAAUAUAUUCUCCAAGAAAACUCGAACACGUCUUACUCGCCUACGGCCUUACAUGCAACCGCCACAUUUCACGACAUAUCGACGCGAACUGGCCGAAGCCUCACCCCCUCUUGUCCCUUAUCUUGGUCUCACGCUCCAGAACCUGAUUACACUGGAACAAAUAAACCCUUUAUUCCUUUCCAAAGUCCCCAAAGGCAUGGCCGCAACUCACAAGCCGGAGCACGGCCCGAUAGUCAACUUUUGGCGAUGUUGGAAGCAUUUUCUGAUAAUCAAUUUCUUCGUCAAGCAAGACAGCGCCGAUGGAAGGACCGCUCACUACGACAUCAAACCGGACUCGGAUAUUCUCGACUUCAUUGCUGACUUUAAAACAGCUUAUCCUGAUUUUGCUUUACGUGAGCUUAUAAACAGACGAAGACGUGAAGCCUCCUAG